AUGUUAGCGAGACGGUAUCUUGCGUGGAGAUUAGCUGUGGAGGCUGACCAUGAUGAGGAGCGACAGGAGCUCGUAAAGAGGCGAAAAUUAAAUGUGCCCAGCCGUAUCUCUGACACUCACUUUGUGCAGCGGUAUCGGCUAACCAAGGAGGGAUUUAUGUUUCUCUGUGAGACCUUAAGGGAAAAUACAAACCUUAGGGGUUCACAAAGAAUAUCAUUGGAGACUAAGGUACUAAGUGCGGUGUUAUUUUACGCCAAAGGGGGACUACCAGAGAGUGGUUGGGAUUGCCAACUCUCUAUCACAAGAGGCAAU